CCUCCCGGAAGCGGCGCGGGGCGGUCCCGCAGCCCCGGACCCGCACCCAUGGCUCGACCCGACCCGGCACCGUGGUGGAAUUACUUCUUCCUUUACGAUGCUUCGAAGGUUAAGGGGGAGGGGGACCCCACAAGUGCUGGGAUCUGCUAUUUUUAUCCUUCCCAGACUCUCCCUGACCAGCAGGAGCUGCUGUGUGGUCAGAUCGCUGGGGUUGUGCGGUGCCUGACAGAGAUCUCAGGAGCCCCUCCAAGCCUCAUUCGCCUGAGGAAGCUCAAGUUUGCAGUCGUGGUGGAUGGAGAUUACCUCUGGGUCCUGGGCUGUGCUGUGGAGCUCCCUGAUGUCAGCUGUAGGAGGUUUCUGGAGCAGCUCAUCAGCCUCUUCACCUUCUACAAUGGACCUGUGCACAGAGCCUACCUGGCAUUUUCCCAGGAGGAGCUGAGCAGGCAGUGGCACAGGUACGUCGAGCACGUCCGGAAAAACACCAGUGAGCUCCACAAGAUCUUCAACUCCCUCUGGAAUCUGGACAAAAGCAAGGUGGAUCCCCUGCUCCUGCUGAAAGCUGCUCUCAUCUUGCAAACCUGCCAGCGUUCUCCCCAUGUCUUGGCAGGCUGCAUCCUCUACAAGGGCUUGAUUGUGAGCACCCAGCUGCCACCUCCACUCACUGCCAGAGUUCUCCUGCAAGGUGAUGAGUCUGCAGAGCAGAGUGAGCCUGGAGCUGAGGAGCAGCAGGAGCCUGGUUCUCCUUUGCCUCGGGGUGUCCGGGUCCUGCCGGUAUUCCUGACAGAAGAGGAGGUCUCAGUGCUCAGGGAGUUCCCUGUGGAGUGGAUGACAAGGUCAUCCGUGUCCCCAGAAAGCCCCAGAGGAGAGAAGGAUGCCCUCUGCUCCCAGGCACUUUCAGAGUCAACAGGAUCUUGUGAAAACCAGGACCUGAACAAUCUGUCUGUGCUGGAGUGCCCUGAGCAAGCUUCGGGCAUGGUUGCAGCAGGAGCUGCUGUGCAGUCUGUCAGCCUUGCAAACACCACUGCCUUGAAGGGGUUCCCCGAAGUGGAAGCCACUCCAGAGACUUCUCCAACUGCAAGACUGAGCAGCCCGGAGAGCAAAAGCUCAGGGCUCAGUAGAAAAGCAUCCUCCCCACCAGAGAGAGCCACAAAGCAGCUGCCAAGCUCUGCCACACUCCGUCCUGCUGAGUAUGCUCAGAUUACAGCUCUGUGUCUGCAGGGGUUUUCCUUUCCAAACCCUUAUGCCCAGGAGCAGGAGAAUCAGGGCACGGUGAAAUCCCUGGUGGACUCGGAUGUUGAGCAGUGCAGUUCCCAGAAUCGUGCAGCCAGUGUCAGCCUGGAUGUUUGCUCUCCUGCCCAGGAGCUGAGCAGAAGGAAACCCAGUGAAGCAGCCGAGCGAGGGACCCUGAGCCAGGAUGGUGCCUGUGGAGAGGGCAGUGCUGCAGCUGGUGGCACCGUGCAGGGCUUGGAUUGUCCAUCCCAGCUCCACAGCAGGAACACACUGCCAGCUGGAGAGGUCCAGGAGAACCUGCUUGGUGACCCAGCAGAGGAGAUGCCGUGUCCCAGGAGUGGGGAGGACAGCCUGGGAGGCAGGGCUGCUGUGGAGCCAGGCAGACAGGUCCAGAUGAGCUUGUACGUUCACUGCAUCAAGGGGCUGGUGCUGUCCCUGCUGGCUGAGGAGCAUCUCCAGGAGGACCUGAGCUCUGUCGAGGAUGUGUACCACAGCAGCCUGGCUUCUCUCAAUGGCCUGGAGGUGCAUCUGAGGGAGACUCUGCCCAAAGAUUCCACAUCCUCAGCCAGGACAACCUACAGCUUCACCCACUAUGACCGUGUCCAGAACGUGCUGACGGCCAACCUGCCCCAUGCCCCUGGCCCUCAGGACCGGCACUUCCUGAGAGCUGCUGCUCUGAUCCACGCAGACUUCUCCCAGCUCCCCACGGCCUCACAAGUCAUCCUCAGGAAUGCCUCCACGGCCGUCUAUGCCUGCAGGAACCCUGUCCAGGAAACUUACUUCCAGCAGCUGGGUGCCCCUCUCCGCAACUCGGGGGUCCCCAACCCCCAGGACAGUGCCUUCAGCCUGCCCAGCAAGGCCAAGCAGAAGCUGCUGAAGCACGGGGUGAACCUGCUCUGAACUGAUGUCCCUCUGGAAGCCACUUCCCUCCCCUCCAGGGAGAAAAAUCUCAGAGCUGUUUGUUUGGAGGGCUCUGUGCUGUCUCUGGAGCCUCCGAGCUGCCUUGCCCUGAGGAAGGGGCACAGCCCUGGGUUUGCAGCAUCCUCUGUGCCAGGGCAGGGCUGUGCUGGCACUCAGCAGAGCCAGCAGCCUGCAGGUGGCUGUGCUGGGUGUGUGGUUUACAUUGACUCGGGGACAGCUCCAGGCAGGGGCUCCUGGAGCUCCUUGGCCUCAAGCAAAGCCUCUUCUGGCUCUGAGCUGUGCAGGCACCAGGCUCCUGGAUUUCCAGGGAUCUCAGCCCAAUUCUGCAGCUGCCUGGAGUCCUGUGCCUGCACUCAUCCUGGUCAGACUUGGGAUUUUAUUUUUUUUUUUUUAAACAUCUCUUAACCUCUAGAAAUGGCCCCUCCCAGGGGGCAGUGCCUUCCCUUGACUCCCAGCCUCCCUGCUUCCCCUCCCUCCUCCUGCACCUCGGUUUGCCUGCCUGCUGCUAACAGCCCAGGCCCUGGGGAGCCCCUUUUGGUCCCACAGAGGCCUUGUAUCCCCUUGGCAGCUCCUCUGUCCCUGCUCAGACAGGCAUCUGUCCCAUCUCAGGGCUGGCUGGGGGGUGGUGAUGGCUGCUCAGACCUGAGUGGUGCUCCCUGCCUUUGUGCUGGGGGUGGGACAGCAUCACUGUCACCCAAAUAAACCAAAAUAAAGGAGCCUCCAAGGCUCAUCCAAGGGCUUUGUGUCACUGACCAGAGCCCCACUUACU